UCUGAGGAUACAAAUCAACUCUUGCUUCAAAUAAAGUUUUCAUAAGGUUACAUUAUGUAUUAGUCUAUUACUCGAGAUGUGGGUCUUAAGUGGAAAGGCACUCGAUCAGUUUUGGCACUGAAAACUUUCAGCCUGUCCUUCCACGGACGAGAGCAGUUGGUGGGGCAGAGAGAGAGAGAGAGACUGAAUGCUAGUCCUGUAGAGCCAAUGAGCUGGGACCGGAUACGAUAUAUCCUCUGGGACAACAACUGCUCUGUUCCCCCCCUCCCCACUUCCACAUGACGCCAUUUACAGCAUAAACCCGACCUCCUCUCCGGAAAGAAAAAAAACAAGACGAGAAAGAAAAACUUGAAAGCAGCACAGUGUGCGAUGCAGCCAAACAUCCAACAACCACAGCGACGAGUCUUGAGAACUCUCCAGCUUACAUGCGUGCUCGCUCGCUACAUUUGAUGAUAAACUUGCAAACGCGAAAGUAUCUUUGGUGGAAUUUUGUAACUUGUUUUUGUACUUAAAUAAGUUCGUCGGCGAAUCCUCUGAUUGAUUACUUCUUGGCUGCUGGUGGUCGCGUGUUCAUGUGGAUUGGAAUGCGCUUUCGUGCGCUUUUUAUGCGUAAAAAUCGAAGUGAUUUUGGACAUAUAUGUGGAACCAUAACUCUGAAUGGGAUUUUUGUGGAUGUGCUACCAAAUGGACUAAGAUCCAGCGUUGGACUAAAGUUUACUAAUUCUGGAUAUUAUUAUUACAAAACAAAAACGGAGGCUUUAGUGGUGAAAACACGGUCUUCAGAUGUGUUCCCCGCCUGACGGAGAGAGCCCUCAUCAGAGUACCGAUGGAGACGAGAACUCAAAAUGGCGGCGUGGGCGGCAGCAUUACCGGAGGACUGCUGCGCGCUCUGCGUGACGGCGGCGGCCGGCCCCAGACGGGGGACUUGAGCGAGCCCCUCCGCGAGCCGCCUGUGCUCUCCCUGGACCAGAUCCGCAGCGUGCGUAACAGCAAUGAGUACACAGAGGGCCCCACCGUGGCCCCACCGAGGCCCCUCUCCUCACAGGGGAAGCCCGAGGCGGCCUCAGGGAUGGGGCCCACGGCACAGAGUGUCACCCUGACCCAGAGCGAGAGCAGCCUGGAGCAGCAGCAGAGGGCCCCGCAGCGGACCUCCACGUACCCCCCGCCGACGCACUUUGUGCCCCAGGAAGCCCCGGGACGCUCCUCCAGCAUGGAGAGCUCCCGGGCUCCCUGCGUCAGGACUAGUACCGGCAGCACCUCCUCGGAGCAGAGGCUGCUCGGCGGCUCACCUGUCAUCCCAGACCGCGUUGUCCGGGUGCAGCCGCCCAAGCGCUCGGAGAUCAAGCCAGAUGACCUGAAGCCCCUGUCACCCAAUGUGGCAGGUGGCGGAAGAGGAGAUAUCGAGGGCUUGGGCAAGCACGCGUACCACUGCGAGGACUGCGGGCGGUGCAAGUGCAAGGAGUGCACGCGCCCACGGCACCUGCCCACCUGCUGGCUGUGUGGCCAGCGCUGCCUGUGCUCGGCCGAGAACACCGUGGAGUAUGGCACGUGCGUGUGCUGCGUCAAGGGCCUCUUCUACCACUGCUCCACGGACGACGAGGACACAUGCGCCGACAAGCCUUUCUCCUGCAGCCAGGCGCACUGCUGCGCCCGCUGGUCUGCCCUGGGCGCCCUGACGCUCCUCCUGCCCUGCCUGCUCUGCUACCUCCCGGCCAAGAGCUGCCUCACGCUCUGCCAGGGUUGCCACGACCGCGCCAAGCGCCCGGGAUGCCGCUGUAAGAACACCAACGUUGUCCACUGCAAGAACAUUGAUAAGCCCACGUAGAGGCAGAGAAAGCAAUGGUUUAACCCCAAGAAAAGGGCAGGGAAGGGUUGGGGAUUGGGGGGGUAGAGGUGUGGGGGAGGGACUCGGAUGUGAGAAAAGGUUACGAGUGGGGGGGAAUAAGACGGACAGCUGGGGGUGACUCCCAGCUGGGAUGGAUGGAGUGGUGACGUUGGAGCUGGCACUGUAAGCGUGACAUGCCUUGUGUUUCCUGGGAGCUGUUUGAAAGUUCAGUUAUCUUUUUGUUUUCCUUUUUUCCUUGCCUCUUUCUUUUUCACACUCCCAGGUGUCAUUCUUAACAUGGGGUGCUUGAUAAUGAACCAUAAGUGUCCUCCCCCAUACUGUUAAGCUGAAGACCAGGAUGUUAGCCCUGUUGACAUUCAAUAAUACGACUGAUAUGUUAAGGCAACAGUCUUUUCCUGACUAACUGUUUGUGAAUAGUAUCUUCAAAGUAUGUAAAUUAGCAAAUUACCUUUUUUCCUGUCAGAGAUGUUUUAUUUUUGUACAUAUAAUAUUUCAACUGUGAAAAGCAUUGUGCCAAACCAGAGGCACCUUGAUAGAUCCUUAUACAUAUUAAGAUAUAGACAUCUAUAUUAUGUUGUACAUUCAUGUGAAUGUAAGUCAAUCAGUUUUGAUAUAUUUGCCUUACAGAAGAAAUACCUUCCAUGAAUUAUCCCCUCAACUUUACUUGUAAAUUGUACAGUGACCUGAAGAAAAAAAUACUUUAUUUUCUAAUUUCAACACAUUGUUAGUGUAAAGAAUAUUUAUUUGAAGUUUUAUUAUUUUAUAAAGAAGUAUUUAUUUGGAGAGGCAUCUUAUAGGAAUCACCCCGUUUUGAAAUAGCUCUUUGUUGUUGCUGCAAACAAAGAUGACAAGGGUGUCAUUUGAUGCAUAUGUUCACUAUGAAAUAGAAAAUAUAUUAACGUUUGAAAUUAAA